AUGGUCAACCGACCAGCUCGUCUACUCCAGCACGUCACUAACACCAUCUGUCUAGCAUCUCUUGUUCAAGCGAGUCUUUGGACGGUCGAUAUUGACAACAAGCCAGCUCCGCCACCUGAAGAUGGACCUCCCCUCUCUUUCCACGCUUCUCGAGAUUCCGACUUGCUUGCUGGUCAGAUCUGUGGAAUCAUAGGCGCUUAUCUAGCAACUGCCUUCAUCUUUGGGAGCCUUCUCCUCACAGUCGGACGACGGAUGCGACGAGCGGCUUUGUCAGCAUAUCUCACAACCUCGAUGGAAAUGGUCAAACCUACCGUGACGCAGUUCGACGAUUCGCCUAUGAGUCCUCAUUCUCAAAGAUCCUGGUACAGCCCUCGAAGGUUAAGAAAAAAGCGCAGCAUUCAAGGCAGUACCAGGACGGUCAGCAACCCCAACAGUCCGGCAGUGCAAAGUAUCGCAUCCUUCGACCCCAGCGUUAUCGAGGCGGACAGAGUGGCUAGACAACAAGAGCUGGAACAUCUUUACGCGGCAGCUUUAGCACAGGAAGCUGCCAAAUCGCGAACCACUGUUGCGGAACAUGAGAUGCCGCUACCUGAGGCUACACCCUCGAGAUCUCGAAGACAACCUCCGAGGCUUUUGACUUCGGCUCCUGCUCUUGCACAUCUACAUCUUCAAGAAUCGCAAAUCAGCCCUGUGUCUCCCAGGAGUCCUGUCCGGGCGAUCUACCCUCCAAGAUCUCCCCGUUAUCAAGCGACAUCACCUAUCUCUCCUAUGCGACCAGACUACGGACACCUCACUACGUCUCCGAAGUCACGAAUGCCAAUAUCCCCAGGCGCAGCGUCGACACGUACACGGACGUCUUCCUUUGGUUCCCAAGCGGAGGGCAAACGGCCUCGAAAGGGACUUCGUAACCUACGCAUCCAACACCGCCAUCAUUCCAGCGAAGUGUCUGACGAAGAAGUACGCACUCCACUGACUCCACGUUAUUAUACCGAUUCAGGGAUCCCACCAAGCUCGCCACCCAGAAGCGAGGCGCCCACUACGCCGGGCACACACGAUGGUUAUGGAACACCUGUGGAUGCCGAAACCUUUGACGAGAUCAGAGCCAUGCCUCGGCCAGAACCGCAAAGAGCCGGCAUUUAUCAAUAUGAAAUCCCAAGAGUCGCAAACGUUGCAACCAGGCAGGCGGAACUCAGGCUGAACACUGCAGUGACUGGUGACCGCAGCAUCAACAACAACAACCAAUCUGUGUCCACAUUCGGAACGCUACCUUUUCGUGUUUUGACGCAGCCAGAUGGCGUGCCGUUGGCAUCAGCCGGUCUGGUUACAAAAACCACUUAUCUCGAGAGGCGUCGCGACAUGUUGAGUGCGCCUCGUACAGGCAUGGCUACACCGUAUAGCCCGUAUAUGCCAUUUACGCCCGUGACACCUGUGACGCCUCAUUUGACAAGCAGGGCAGAGAGAAGACAACGUGAAAGGGAUCAAGGGAGACGUGCUCCGGCUGCAAUGGAUCAAGUCAUUGACGAGGAGGAGAUGUGGGGAAGUGGCUAUUGA